AUGGUCAAAGUAUACCUCGUGUCGAUCAUAGUGGUUCAUCUAAGUUCCAGUGAAGUUAUUAACUUACUACCAGUGCCUUCAUCAGAAUUUCCAACCUCAGCUGAAAAUGUAACUGAAUUUCUAAAAGAAAAGAAUUUUACCACAUUGGAAUUCGCGAAUGUUUUAUCAGCAGCCGUCAAUUCUGUUGCAUGGAUACCGCAGAUCAUCGCCAAAACUUUAGGCUACGUGCCUUCUUUAGUGAACUCAAAUAACGACGGGGAUAAAGUGGAAUUAUUUGUAAAGAAAUUUAGAGAAUCCAUAUACAAUGAGGACGCGAAAUUGAACAUAGAAGAGUUACUGAAUAAGUAUAAUUACGCCUGCGAAGUACAUAAAGUUAUUACUGAAGAUGAGUAUGUGUUGACGAUACAUAGGAUCCCUAAUAACAGAGCCUCUGUUUUCCUAAUGCAUGGUCUCUUAGGCAGUUCAGAUGACUUCAUAUUAGCUGGAGUGGAAAGCGGUCUAGCUUACAAACUAGCUGACUUAGGCUACGAUGUCUGGUUGGGCAACGCAAGAGGAAACAAGCAUUCAAGAAAACAUGCAGUUUUUGAUCCAACGGACGAAAGAUUUUGGGACUUUUCCUGGCAUGAAAUUGGCGUUUACGAUCUACCAGCUAUGAUAGAUUACGUAUUGAAUGUAACUGAACAACCAUCUAUUAAAUACGUCGGAUAUUCACAAGGAACAACAUCAUUUUUCGUCAUGAUGUCUGAACGACCUGAAUACAAUGAAAAAAUUUCAGUGAUGAUCGCUUUAUCGCCUGUAGCUUACAUUGGUCGCGCGAAAUCUCCCGUCGUUCGUCUGCUGUCUCCUGGAACAAACAUGCUAUCACAAUUCGCCAAAAGUCUUGGAGUACACGAAUUUCUACCAGACCACAGUUUAGUUAGGAUCCUAAAGCUCAUGAUAUGUGGUACAGGACCGAUAGGGGACAUCUUAUGCAGUAACGCCGCGUUUUUAACUUCAGGGUAUGAUUUUUAUCAACUGAAUGUGACUAAUUUGCCUGUGGUCAUGGGUCAUGUGCCUGCUGGUGCUUCUAUCAAGCAGUUAGCCCAUUAUGGGCAGCUGCUCUUGUCAAAUGACUUCAGAAAAUAUGACUAUGGCGAGGAAGAGAAUAUACUUCGAUAUGGCGUUCCGAUACCCCCUAGUUACGCUUUAGAAAACAUAUUAGUUCCGAUUGCGAUGUUCUACAGCGAUUCUGAUUGGUUGGCUCAUCCUAGUGAUGUGAAAAGGUUAUAUAAAAGAUUAAAUAGUGUUAUAGAUUUAUACAGAAUACCGUAUAAGCGGUUUAAUCAUAUAGAUUUUAUUAUUGCUAGAAAUGUCACCUAUUUUGUGUAUAAUCGAGUUUACAGGCUACUAGCGCUGAAUUAAAAAGGUAUUUUUUGGUAUAACUUGUUAAGUACAUAAAGAAUUUUUGGUAUGAUUUUCGAGUCGGGUAAAGUAAUAUUAAGAUUAUCGGUUUUCGACAGCAUUAGCACGAAAUUUGGUGUGUAGGAACAUAUAUGGGUCUUAUAAUAGGGUA